AUGGCUGACGCGAAAGACCCGCAACAUCAUUCACCACUGGAACCGCGUCGAGCCUGUCAGGAAUGCAACCGAAAAAAGACAAAAUGUGACAUGAGACGUCCCAUAUGUGGCCUCUGCUCACGCACUGGAAACACCUGUCAUUUUCCUUCCAAGCGAAAGAAACCUACUGCUCGCAAGCCUCAACCCAAGGUUCAAUCUCGAAGACUCAGCGACAGUAUAUCCAAAUUGGUUCAAGUCCUCGAAGCUGCAUCUCGGGGCACCGGUGUCCCUGAUGGCCGACGCGAGAUCUCUCAAUCAUUUCUCCAAGAUUCCCUCAAAGGUCUUCUCGCCGAGAUCAAUACAUCGCAAGAUCAUGGCGCCGCGUCCCACGAUUCGUCUCUGGAAAUCAUCCACGGCGCCGGUUCACCGCCUGACGGGGAGGAUGUGGACGACGAGGGAGCAGACGUUGAUGGCCACUCUUCAGUGCCGUCGCCUCUUCGCGAAUCGAUGGAUUUCAAUGCCAAACCGACAUCACCGCCCACGGUCUCCGGAUCCGAUGGCGAAAUCUCGUGUUCCAUGGCGGUGGAUUUGGUCAACUUGUUUUUUGACAAGGUUCAGCCGUGGCUGCCCAUCCUCCACCGGCCGCGCUUUCAAGCCCGCUACGAGCACAAACUUCGGGUGGGUGGCCAUGUCAUACAGUACUUGUCCGUCGAUGAGUCUCUCCUGUUUUACAGCAUGUUUGCCAUGUCCGCUCGGUUUUCCAACCAUCCUAAAUUCGCCACGGUUCCGGCCGAAAAGAGAGGACAUGAGUUUGCUGAACGAGCCCGAGCAGUGUAUAGUCAGGCUCGCUCACUCCGGGCCCCCACUUUGAUGUAUCUGCAAGGUUGCAUCCUCCUCGCAUUCUAUUUCUACACGUCCGGUCCGACUCAUCAGGGUUGGAUCCUCAUCGGAGUCUGCGUCCGCUUAGCAUACGAUCUGGGCCUGUCUGAGAUAGAUGACGACGACUGGACUCCUAUUUCCUCGGUGGAUUCGGUGGAAAAGGAAGAAAUGAGACGAGCCUGGUGGUUAGUUUGGGAACUCGACACAUUUGCUUCGACCGUCUCUCGGAAACCUUUUUCCAUCGACCGAAAGAGGAUGUGUGUCGCCUUACCCAUCUCCGACGAGGCUUGGUUUUCCGAAACGGAUGUCCCAUCUUCUGAACUUGUCUUGAUUCCGGGUCAAUCCUGGAGAUCAUUACAAGGCAGCCGCAAUCAAGACGAAAGAGCGUGGUUUCUCGUGGCAAAUAAUUUUAUGGCUACCGUUCACGAUCGACUCCAGCAAAGGCAAGAUGUCUCGGCCGAGGAAAAGCUGACUUUGGAAAAUGAAAUCUGCUGCUUCAAGCUCGCACUUCCUCCUCCCCUUCGACUGGACGCCGAGACUUUGACUUAUACUCCAUCCACAUUUGCACGUUGCAACUGGGUCAUUGGUACCCAUCUGAUGCUGAAGGCUACAUCUUUCAUGGUCUCCGGAAUCGCCACCACCGAAAAUGAUGACCGCAGCGUGUCCAGUAUGAGUGGCAGUGGUACAUCGCCCAUCCGUCUACGUGCCAUCGAAUUAUCCCGCAUCAUCAGUCUAUGGGAUUCCCGGUAUAUUGCCGUCGCACACCCUUUCUUCACGUGCAUGAUGCUGCCACCAUACGCGGUGGAUGGCGAUGUUCUUAGAACACAACCUCUCCUUUCAUCCAGUCAUGAAAUGGCCAAACUCGUUCUAUCCCAUUUUGCGGAGAAAUGGAAAUUGGGCUCCGUGGUGUUAGAACUGGCAAAAAUCCUCGAACGAGGCGGCACAGUGAAUGCCGAGGAAAAACAACUAGCCCGACGGUAUGCACUGUUCUUCCGAAUGCCACGACUGAGCACCAGUAGCCCAAAUGUCCUUCCACCUGAACUCAACCGCCGGGACCGAAAUAGUCCGAUGACGACCGAAAAUACCUCGCGUCCGAGUCGUUUGGACAUGCAGCAACAACAAGCACCACCACCACAGAUCCAAAACCAAACUCGGCAACAAGAGGAAUAUGCUGCGUCCUUGAGCAUGCCCGACCCAGCGAAUGUGACGAGUUAUCAGGCUCCCAUGUUUGAUCCUCAGAAUCUUCCGCCACUGCAACAGACCAUAUAUGACGGAAGCAAUGAGAUUGAAUUUGGAUUCUCUGAUUUCUUUGGCGGCAGCUAUCGAGAUACAGACUUCAUGCUAACAUAG